AAUUGCCAUGUAGUUUUAUAUAUAUAUUUUUUUCUAACACAAACGUUCUUGUUAGCAUAACUUGUUCACUAAACGGCGAAAAAAAGCGUCACCUUCUUCAUCAAAAUGCUGUCACUUUUCCUAAUACCUCCAUUUUGGGUUACAGUAUCAAAGGGGAGAAACACUAUUGAAUUCAAGAAAAAAAGUCAUGUCAAAACAGGAAGGUGGUGUCCGUGUUUUGUCUCGCUGCCAUAUUGUGUCUUUGGGUCAGUGUCAGGUCAAGAAUCACGUCUUCAAUGAAGGAACUUGUCGGAUGUGUCAUGUGACACAAGUGACAUAGUCAACAUUCCAGGGCUACGUCAAGUUGGCGUAUAAAAAAGGGAGACUCGUCCUCCAUACCUCCACUCAGCAUCAAGCAUCACGACUGCAAAGAUGGCAUCGGCUCUCUCUGUGUUCGUUCUCCUUUGUGGGAUCAGUGGACUGGUGUCUGGAUCUUGGUCUGAAGUGACAGUGAGAGUUCCGUCAUGUCCGAGGCAUUACACUCGGAUAAACAACCGUUGCUUCCGUUUUAUACACGAAGAGAGGACUUUUGAAGAUGCAGAGUUGGUCUGCAACUCUCUUGGAGGGAAUCUGGCGUCUGUCACAAGCGCCGUGGAGAAUGAAAUCAUUCUAGAACUGACCAAGGGUCUGACUACCUGGAUCGGAUUCAAUGACAUUGAAGUGGACGAAACCUUUGUGUGGACAGAUGGUACAACCCCAUCAUUUACUAACUUUGAGAACGAUAUCGAACCCGUCGAUGAAGCUGAGGACUGCGUAUUGAUAAACGGCAAUGGUGACUUCUGGGACGACGAGGACUGCACAUCCAACUAUUACUUUGUUUGUGUGACGUGUCCCCAUUAGGCUCGCCGUGGCGUUCUGUGGAACAAUGUUCUCUAGCUCAUCUUGAUGUCACUUCUGUGGAAAAAUAAGUUGUCAGUGGUGUCUUUUGUGCUUCUGGAUUUCCAACAAAGUCUUCUCUUUCUUCUGCAACGCUGUUAAGUUGUUAUUGAUUGUUAUUAGUCAUCAGACACAUUUGGAAUCUUACAUCCUUCUAAUAAAUGACGUAAUCUUUC